UUCUCAUUGCGUUGUCCAGGGUCCAGGGCGUGCCAGGCCAACAGUGGAUACUCCAUAAGUAUUUGUUGGACCAGUUAAGGCGGGACUGCAGGAACGCCUCCAGCCCUGGCACGGUGUCUGUCGCUCACUCAGUGCCCAGCAGAGACUGAUUCCAGGCACAGGGGAUGGCAGGUGCAAAGGCACAGCACGUCGGACUCCUAGUGGGACCGGAAGGCGAGGACAAAGCUGAGAAACUGACGGGAGCAGGAGGCGAGGAGGGCCUUGAACGCCCAGACAAGGAUUUGGGACUUGUCCUCCCGUCCUCCCGGCGUGGGUGUGGUUGCAGGCAGCAGUCCCUGGGGCUGGGGCUGCCGGUGGGGUCCUCAUGGGUGCUGUGGGGAGGAGAACAGCCUGGGCUGGGGAGCGCAGGGCCCCAGGGCUGUGAACAGGGACCUGUGCUAGCACCUGCCACGCGUUACUCUCUCCCUCCCUCUCUGCGUCUUUGUGCGUUUCGCUUCCUUUCGCAGUAAACGUUCUUCCGAGAAAUUCCAAGGGGAUCUCAGCCAAACGGAGGGGGGAAGGGAUCCUUCCCAAGCCUGGGGAGACCGAAGGGCACCGCUCCCCGCGCCGUCCGCGUCGCCCGGAGCCCGGAGUCGCGACACCCCAGGGAUGCCUGCGCCCCAGACGACCCCCGACCACAGCCCCCGCGCUUUCGCAAGGCCUGUCUGGAGCAUGUUGCCUGCAGCCAUGAAGGGCCUCGGCCUGGUGCUGCUGGCCGCCCUGCUGUGCUCUGCGCCGGCUCAGGGCCUGUGGUGCCAGGACUGCACGCUGACCACCAACUCCAGCCAUUGCACCCCGAAGCAGUGCCAGCCGUCGGACACGGUGUGUGCCAGUGUUCGGAUCACAGAUCCCAGCAGCAGCAGGAAGGAUCACUCCGUGAACAAGAUGUGUGCCUCGUCCUGUGACUUCGUGAAGCGGCACUUUUUCUCAGACUAUCUGAUGGGCUUCAUUAACUCUGGGAUCUUGAAGGUGGACGUGGCCUGCUGUGAGAAGGACCUGUGUAACGGGGCCGCCAGGGCGGGGCGCAGCCCCUGGGCGCUGGCCGGGGGCCUCCUGCUCAGCCUGGGGCCCGCUCUCCUCUGGGCUGGGCCCUGAGGUCCCCUCCCUCCCGCAGGGCUUCUGAGCCUUUCCCAUCCCACCCGCGCCUGUGGCUGCCCUCCCCCCAGCCUGGUCGGGCUGGCACUGGGGGCAGCCUUGGCCCCGCUCCCAGUCUCCGCCUUCGUUCUUUCCUGUCUCUGCACCAGCUCCAGGUCUCAACCAGCAGGACCUCUCCAGGAAUCGGGGGCCUGGCAGGAGGCCGGGGGCGGGGGGGGGGGGGGCCCCGGGACCCUAGGUCUCAGGCUGCCCAACAGCCUGGCUCUGAGGGCAUCUUCUCCGGAGAAAUAAAGUCACUUCUAAGUCCAGA